CGGAGGAGGACCGAGGAGAAAGGCACAGAGCAAGAUAGAAGGAGAGCGUCCGCUUGACACUAUUAUCUAAAAGUCUCACACACCCCUCGCCACAAACAUCGGACCUUCCCUCCCACCCCCCACCCUCCACACCAUCUCGAAUUCAGCGGCAAGCUCUGCAGAAGCAACGCCGCCUGUGCGAGACCCUGAGCCGGGCGAGAACUGCGCGUGUGCCUCCCCACACACCUCCCCUCCACCCUCCGGUAAUGAGGCUGCUGGAGCACAGGAGAGAAAAACAUCAGUAGCGGUAGAAGAGGAGGAGGAAAAAGGAAGAAACUGCGGAAAGCAAACAUUUGGACGAGGAUGCAUCUCCUCAGUGCCAUGUUCCUGCUUGUCAUGUCAGCUGUCAUGUCAUGCCAGGCGCUAUACCCGAGUCCGGAGGAAGGUUGGCAGAUCUACAGCUCGGCACAAGGCGCAGAUGGAAAAUGUAUCUGCACGGUGGUCGCGCCGGCUCAGAACAUGUGUAACCGCGACCCACGCAGCAGGCAGCUCCGCCAGCUCAUGGAGAAGGUGCAGAAUAUAAGUCAGUCCAUGGAGGUGCUGGAUCUGCGGACCAACAGAGACCUCCAGUACGUGAGGGAGACCGAAGGCCUGAUGAAAGCGGUGGAUGGGAGGCUGAAGGUGGCCUCGGACAACCCCCGCAGUCUCAAUCCAAAAGGCUAUCAGGAUUUGAAAGGCAAGGUGGCCGAGCUUCUCCGUCGCCUGCCCGUGCUGGAGCAAUACAAAUCGGACACCAAGAUGAUCUUGCGCCUCCGCGAGGAGGUGAGAAAUUUGUCCUUUGUGCUGAUGGCCAUCCAAGAGGAGAUGGGCGCCUACGAUUACGAGGAGCUGCGCCAGAGGGUCCUGCUGCUGGAGACGCGCCUCCACUCCUGCAUUCAGAAGCUGGGCUGCGGGAAGCUCACCGGCGUCAGUAAUCCCAUCACGGUCCGCGCGUCGGGGUCCAGGUUCGGCUCCUGGAUGACAGAUACGAUGAUCCCCAGCUCCGACAACCGAGUGUGGUCCAUGGAUGGUUACUUCAAGGGGCGUCGGGUCUUGGAGUACCGCACCAUGAGUGACUUCAUGAAGGGCCAGAACUUUGUGCAGCACCUCCUCCCACACCCUUGGGCAGGCACUGGCCACGUGGUCUACAACGGCUCUCUGUACUAUAACAAGUACCAGAGCAACAUCAUUAUCAAGUAUCACUUUCGGUCCCGGAGCGUCCUGGUGCAGCGCAGUCUGAGCGGAGCCGGCUACAACAACACCUUCCCCUACUCCUGGGGCGGCUCUUCCGACAUCGACCUGAUGGCCGACGAGAAUGGCCUGUGGGCGGUCUACACCACCAUCCCCAAAGCUGGGAAUAUCGUCAUCAGCCGCCUGGAACCGCAGACUCUGGAGGUGCUGCAAACGUGGGACACCGGCUUCCCCAAGCGAAGCGCCGGAGAGUCCUUCAUGAUCUGCAGCACGCUCUAUGUCACCAAUUCUCACCUGGCCGGCGCCAAGAUCUACUUUGCCUACUACACCAACACCUCUAGCUACGAGUACACAGACAUCCCCUUCCACAAUCAGUACUCCCAUAUCUCCAUGAUGGACUACAACCCCAGGGAGAGGGUCCUCUACACCUGGAACAAUGGGCAUCAGGUGCUCUACAACGUUACACUUUUCCAGGUCAUUAAGACUUCUGGGGAUUGAGAGCUCAAAUUAGACUGGACACAUUUAAUGCUGUAUACAAUGUUUGGGGGACGGGGGGUGAUUUAAGCAUUAACAGGCAUUUUUGUAUCAAAUCUUCAAAGAGUGCUAUUAUUCCCAUCGUGAAAAACACAAUUAGGUCGGUAAUGAAAUUACAGCAUUUCUCUUUCGUUUUCUUUCUGUGAUGAGUAAGCAUGGUCCAUUUUAAUUGUGAUGAGAAAUAAAUAUCCGUCUUUAACAGUUAUGACCUUGGCAAGUCUUUGUCACUCUCAUCUUGUAAAGUAAAUUAAUUUGGAUAAGUAUAAGACUGAAUUUACUCUGCAAGUUCAAGUGGCCAAUUUUGAUUUAAUACCUGUAUUUGAAUCUUUGAUUGUAUAUUUCCAUGUCCAUACUUCUAUUUUCAUUUCAAGUAACAUAUCAGAUAUGGCUGUGUUUACA